CCUUUAUUCAAUGACAUCAGCUAUAUACUUACAUAGCUAUUUAUUAUUGGCAUGAUUGAUGGUAAACUAAAAACUGACAUUAUAGGAGGAUGCCGUUGCGGAGACUGUGCAUAGUUUUUAUUAGUUUUACUCGAAGGCAAUGAUCCGCUUUCUUUUGGAGUAACCAUAACAAACUUGGAGAGCACGCCACAUGUUAUUUAAUUACCUUCCUCAAUUGACAAAUUCUUCAGGGUGAACUUAUUCAUACAAGAAAAUGUCUCUAUUUGCAUCGUCGAGGGUAUCGCAGAUUUGAUUUCUUGAGGAGUUGACUUUCCAUGCUGUCUUUUGUGACAAUAGCCCAAGCUUAAUUCAUUCUGUCGACCUGGUCAUGGGAACCAGAACUUCAUUCAUUGGCAUCCGUCGAAGCAAGUCGGCGUUGUGAUAUUUCAUUCAUGCAUUUUCCAUACUCGGUUGAACAUUUAUGAGAAUAUUAUGAAUGAAAUCGGACAUGUGCUUCUCAGCUGACAAUUUCAGGUGCUGGGAGUGGGGUUUGGAUCGGACGGCGGAGAGGCGAGGGCGGCCGGGGUGUCGGCCAUGGAUAGCAUUUGUUGCUCCAACGCACCUGCAUCUGACAUUUGUACUGCUCUUCUUUGUACUCUCCAACUCAAAAGACCCGGUAAACGCCUGUUGCGUGGGUGAUUCGGGACCGAUAUCAGACUGUUCGUUUACACGUGUAAACUCAGAAUUAAGGGAGAAUGUGACCUGUACCCUGAAGGAUUUCAGAAGACGUGACUCCGAGGGUUGUACUCACAAUCUUUGGGCCAAGAAAAAUGAUGAGAUACCGGGGAACGUCCAUGACCUGAAGGUCGAAUACUACCUCACUCAGUGUAAUCGGUCCCUACGAGAGGAGCGAGGCCAGAAGUCAGAUCGUUGUCCGGCCAGCUGCAAUGCCAACAAUGGAUUAUCAUACAUUGCGAUAAACAUCACCUUCGAACUUGACUAUACUUCUGCAAGUAAAGUAGAGGCUAUUGAAAUUAUACUGCGGGGAUUGGAUGGAGUCUCCCAUGGCGGGAAAGAAUGGUGUGUACUUUACGAGUACGGGCGAGAAAACGUACAAUAUGACGACGCCACAAAUCGUUUAUUUUACUACGAUGGCUUUAUUGGGCUCGUACCUGGAUUCGAGUAUGAAGUUGCUGUACGAGGCUUACCAACAGCGCAGGUGGAUCAAGAUACGUGGGUCAAAAAGAAGUUCCGAACUCGACCUUGUUGGAGUCCUUCCCUUACAUGGCACGGUACCCCAUUUGCUGCCAAUUUUACCAUGAUCCUGAAUAACCAUGCUGAUUACAAGAAAGAUAUUGACGAAUAUAAUGUUUCCCUCCACUCAUCAUCAGCUCAAUCUCUCCCUUAUAAAAUAAUACAGAAUAAUCAGGAUAAGACAGAACUUGUGUUUGAAUGCCUCGAACCGGGACCAUACGUCAUAAAGAUCCAGGCCAGGGGGACGUGCAAGUCGUGUGUACCUUACGAACAAUCAUUAUAUGUUAACAGUGAGAAACCUCAAGUCACCGUAUGUCCAGAAAAUAUAACGCGCUACACAGAAAUUCGAGGUAACACCAGCGUUACAUGGCCACCCCCACUUGCCUAUUCCCCUUGCGAAGAUCAUGUCAGCAUUAAUAGCUCACAGUCACAUCACUCUGGAGAUAUCUUUCAAGAGGGUACAACCACUGAAGUCCGGUAUGAAUUCUGGCAAUACAAUCAAGAAGAAAGAGCCAUUUGUUCCUUUUACAUCAAGGUUUUAAGUGACACAGAACCUCCAGUUGUGACAUGUUCAAACGUUACCCUCCCAUCCGAAUCUCCAAACGUCUUCAGUGGCCUGGUAGAAGGGGAAUCCUACACGUAUGACGACAACAACCCUGACCCGGAUGGGGUAUUGUACAACUUCACCAAAGACAUGGAAAUGAUGGAAGGAGUUACUGGAACUGUUAUCCCACCAGGCGACACAUCUGUCACUCUCGUUGCAAAGGAUACCUUUCGUAACACAGCCACCUGUGUCUUCUACGUAAAGAAUGCUUUGGCUGAGCUCCCGGUCAAUUGUCCACAUCUAGAAGAUACAGCAAUCACCGACCCGGGCAGGAAUACUUAUACCUUCGAUCCAAAUAUUGGAGAAAGCAACAUCACAAAAUCUGUUCCCGGGUAUAUAUAUUACGGGGAUAAGCACCGGGUAGCAUUGGAUAUGACACUAGGAGGUUUUCCGGUUGGAAGUAAUGUACCCAUAGGAUCCCAUGAGAUGGUUGUCCUCAUACGUGAUGAAGUCCUGACCAAGACGUGCAGAAGCAUCUGCACUGUUAAGGAAAGGCCAAAGUCAAAUGGCUCUGUACCGGUCCCCAUUAUUGUGGGCUCUGUUCUUGGAAUUGCUCUGGCAGCUGUCAUUGCUUUCUUCACCGUCAAUAAUUGCUGUCCAAAGGUACCGGGUAAAUCCAGACUUGAGACUUGCAAAGAAAGGUUUAGACUCGUCUUGGCAGAAAAACGUGACGAGAAUGAAAUAAAAUAUUCUCGGCCUCAGCACGAUACAGGCAUUAAUCUUGGAAUCCUUCAGGGCGCCACCAGUGUAUAUUCAUCUGCUGCUAAUAUCAAUGAUCAAGACAAAGUGAUAUAUCAUUUUAAUCAGUAUGAAGAUCAAACCGACUCGGGAUGUUGUACGAUCCAGGAACGAGGAACUUUUGAAAGCAUGCCGGACUCUGAUCCUCUGCAAGGGUCUGAAGGAAAACGGAUGCUUGAAUGCGAGGUUCAUUUUCUUUCAAAUGGGAGUCAUCUUGAUUCAGGAGUUGAUAUCGGCUCGCGUGAGUACUUAAGACGUGAUAACAGGAUACGGGAGUGUCGAUGGCAUUAGAGGAGGGAGUGGAGGCACUUCUUCGCCAUUACUGAACCAUCAAGAUGCAGCUUUAUAGCCGAUUCAGAUAUCUUCAGACAAAAUCUUGCCUAUCUACGAGCAAUUGUGAAGGCACUUGUUGGUUGCAAAUCUAAGUAAACCUCGUCAGCUUACUUAAAUCUCCGUCUGUUCUCGGCACAUGUGAUUACGGACUUCAUUGCUCUACAAGCAUAUGCCUGGUAUUUGAGGACUCAAGAACCCUCGAUUGUGACAUCAACUCGUGACAAGAACGUGUGAUAACUUGAACUAAGGAGUAGUCGUUUCUCGAUUAAGUCGGGCACUUUGUUUAAAGUCAGAACCGCGUCUUUCGCGCGGGAAUCCGCAAGCGGCCUGUCAUAACGAAUUCUCACAAUUCAUCAAAGACAACAAAAAUGGGAAUGCAGGAAAGCCGUUGUAAAAAGACGCAUAUAGCCUUUAUAGAAAGAUUACUGCUGAAAGGCGUGACACAUACUUUCGACUAGGUGCCAUAGACCCUAAAUGCCUAAGCUGAAAAAAAGCCUCUUUGCAAUGGGUCACACCGUGUUAGGGAUUGUAUUGUAUCAAUACGGGGAGCUCGUGAUAUAGGUGCCGCACCAAUGUAAAUUGUUUCGACAUGUUUUUUUUUCCUCAGGAAAACAAGAUAGCACGUAGUAAUGAAAAUAAAAAAAAAGUGUGAAAUCUUCAACUGAGCAAUGAUUGACAAGCGUCGGGUAGAAUAAGUAUUAAUUGGUUCAUUAGUAGCGAAAAUCAGUAGACAGAUCGCCGAAAGAUUGUUCUUUUGCAUGCAGGAUAUCUGAAAGACCAUUGGAAUAAAAUUGAAAUGCCUUGGGCAGAUUAUUGAAGGAUUAGUCUAAGUUGAGCCAGAAAAGACAUACUAGUGUUUCAACGUUCGUUUGGGUAUUUGUCAGUCUUUCGGAGUUCUUUCAGUGGCCUCCUCAGUCUUUCGUUGACCUUGACCGAUAAUUGAUAUCUGGCAAUAUGCCAGAUGAUCUUUCAGUGAUUACCCAAAAGUCUUCUCUGUAAACUUUCAGUCCUCUUCAAGGUCCUCAUGUGUCAUUACUGGAAGUUUUGUUUUUAGUCUUCAGAGGUGUGCUGAGUCAUUUGACCAUGUUCACAGAGACAACAUAUUCCAUUGAUCUUGGACAGUACUUAAAAAUCGUGCUAAUUUCUGUCUCUCAUCGGUAUUUCAAAUGCCUCUGUUCUGUGGAAAGAAAAGCCUAACAAGCGCUGAAUGUUAGAUCGGGUUUCGGUUCUAAGUCAUGUCAACUAGAAACGCGCUCGGGCCAGACUAGUGGCUGGGUGCUGUAAAGUGGUGUAAAUAUUGGGUAAGAGAUAAGGGAUAUACUUUCCCACACUUUUCUGGAAGGGGCGCCUAUAGAAACACUGACGCUUAGAAAAUAAAUUCUGAUUUGCAAAUAGUACAUACAACUGGCGCUGAAAGCCAAAGGCCCUGGUUUAUUGAGCAAUUUGUUACUUGAACCACCUCGAGCCCUCAUAUGGCGCAUGCGGACAAGCGGACACAACGUGUUGUACUUCUUCUAUAUAGAGUACAGUGUAUUGACGUCAACAUAGUUAUUAGCGUGUCUUCGCAUCGCCACGCAGAACGAAUCAAACAGCACGGUGUAUGUAUCGAAAAUGCAAAUCAAAUCACGAUGAACAGCUGAAAGGUCUUUGUCGAAAAUUGGUGAACCAGACAGACUGAUCGUCCAAAGUUUCGGAGCUGACGAAAAAAGUUCAAAUAUUCCGUUUGUCCAGAGUCCAGGACGAAACUGUCGUAUUGAUUCAUAGAUUUUCGACAAAGACAUUUUUAUUUUGUCAUGAUCGGCACUUUACAAUACAUUUUCUAUGUCCUUGUAAGAGAUGUACUGCGUCCCAUGUUCUACUAUCACCAAAAUAAAAACUUCUCUUUUAUUCUUAUGAAGUAAGUUGUACCAAUAUUCACGUAGUAUGUACAUGUCGAGUCAUUUUUUAGUGUGCUUAUUGCUGUUAUUUAUUCAGAUAUUGAUGUACGUGGUACACUAGAAGGCAUUAUUAUUUAUUAAACGAUAAAGCGGCAAAAUGUAAGCAUAUUUUUGCCUCACUACACAUAGUUAUAUGGAAUAUUUUCUUUAAAACGAGAUGAUAUAAAAUCGAAUGAGGUGAAUCGUCCAUAUUAAAGUUAUGGCUUUCAUUUUUUUUAAUCCUUGAAAGACGAUUACCCCGUCAUCUGAAGAGAAACAUAAUAGGUAAUAUGCACUGUACUUUAUAAUAUAUAACUAAGUCAGUAAAAUGUAAAUAUUGAUUUAGUCCUUUUAUAUCAAAGGGUUUUAAACUCACGCUUGUGUCUUUUUAUAGAAAAAUAAUAUUCGGCGUAAUCGUGUUGUAAAGGAGUUUCAAUGUGUUUUAUAUAAUCGUAAUAAGAGUCCCUAAUGUUUUGCACUCUGGUUUCUAGUUCCUGAAAAUAAAACUGUAAAAUUAAUAAACAUUUGUAAAACAUUUUUGGUCUGCAUUAUUUUGUUUUGCUUUAAACGUAAUAUAUCAAAGAAAAUCUCGUUACAAGGAAAGCGUCGUAAUAUAUUGGGCAUGCAAGGUAUACGUUAACUCGUACCAAUUUUUUUCUUGCGAUAUUCUUGUCAGAAUUCUUGUCUUGAAAAUCAUGAUGUUAUAAAUCAUCCCGGUCUUUGGCCUAAUUUACAUGAUUUGAGGCAAAGAUUACGUGAGAAAUAUGUUUUUACUCAUAGGAAUAAAAUACCCCCCCUCCAAAAAAAAAAAAUAUCGGAUGUAAUUAUAUUCAUAUCUAUGUGGGGCCACUGCCCACACCAUUAAAAAGUUCUAAGAUAUUAACAGGGGCCGCGGAACCGGGGGGCUGGGGGGGGGGGGGGCUUCAGCCCCCACUUUUUUUCCAAAAACCGUGUACAAAAACGUAAAAAUUACCAUAUGAUUGUAAUUUUUAGCAUGGUCAGCCCCCCCACUUUUGGCUCAGCCCCCCCACUUUGAAAACCGUUCCGCAGCCCCUGAAUAAUUCCACUUUCUAUUCUAUAUUACCUAAAAUUAGUUUUUCAUAUAUAAUCUUCCAUUUCAUAAUAACAUUUCAAGGCUGAGUGAUUCACGUCAAUUUCGGCAAUUGAUUUCUGAGUUUAGCUGAAUAUAUUUAUCGUCUCACGACUAUGAGAUUUGUUUCUGUGGCACACAAAAAAAACUAAAACCGGGGUGGAUUCAGGUCCGGAUCCAUGCCCCCCCCCCACAAAAAAGAGAAGGGGAAGGCAAAAGGCGGGAGAUGAGAGAAAAAAUGGAAGGGAUAGUGAGAAA